AUGGAUUAGGAGUUGUUGAAAGAUUUUCUAAAAAAUCUGGAGCUAAAUGCUUUGGAAAAGGCACUCAAAAUUAUAGAUGAAAAACCAAAAUAGAUUUAAAAACCUUAGAGUGAUUAAGAAGAUUAAAAUGUCGUCAUGGAUUUCUCAAAACUGUUUAAAAAAAAUCAUAGUAAAAAACCAGAAUUAGGGAAAAAUAGAUAAAAAAAAGGAAAUGAAUAAAAAAUCAAUAGCGAGAAUAAAGAGAAUAUGGAUUAAAAUGCAAAGAAUGUCUAAGUAAUUUAACCAGAGGUUAAGCUAAAAAAUGAAAUUCCUAAGAAUCUUACGAUAACAUAGGAAGAAAUGAAACAAAGAAAAUAUUUAGAUUAGAGAAGAUGGUUUUGUCUUUCAAGACCUCAAUAUCAGCGCUCUUGUGGAAUAAGUAGCUUGAUGUCCAACUGGAAUUAUUUAUUCUCUUGGCUUGGUGUUGGUACUUUACCACCUAUUUCUGUAGAAGAAGCCUUACAAAUCUUAGGAGUAGAAAAAGAAGGCAAGCUUUUUUAGGAUACUGAUUUCGGAACUUUCACUGGAAAUGGUACAUUAAUAAAAUGGUUCAAGCUCCUUUGCAAAUAUUUUAAAGUUGAUGGAACAGCAUAUAUUUUCUGGAAAAUGUGCGGAGAUAAUCGUACUCCUGGAAUAGAUGAAAAAGAAGCAUUAGACAGAUUAGAAGAAGGUUUAAGAAAUGAAAAUAUGACAUUUAUUUAUCAUGCUCAUGACCAUUAUUUCUGUCCUGUGGGCUAUGAAAUAGUUCCUCGUAGACCACCUGAUGCUUAUAAAAAAUUAGAAGAUAUAGACCCCAAUGAAGUAGACCAUUGGAUAUUUAUAGGAGAGCCAAGUAAAAGAUAUCCUGCAUUCCACAUUAGGUUAUGGUCAGAAAUAGCAAAAGAUAUAUCUUUAGGAAAUCCUUAAUACUACGAUAUUAGACACCCCGAAAAAGGAAUUAUGGAAAGAAAAGGAGAAUAUUUUAAAACUACAAAAGCAGGAACUAGCAUUCAUUGCAUAAUGGCAUUCUAAAAAAUAAUAAAGAAAAAGAAAUAAGUAAUCAGCAUCCCCAAAUAAAUAGGAUAAGCAGAAUAGUAAUAAGACGAAACUACCAUUCCUUAGAUUAAUGAAGAAGAUAAUUAAGAAACUGUGCAAGCAAAUGAAGUAUUAGAAGAACCUGAUAAUCUCAACUCUGACUCAAGAGAAGAUCUAGAUUGA